AUGGAGCCACCAAUAAAAAAAGCCACUACCUCAAUUUCGUCCGAACGGGAUAAUGUUGAUAAACUUACUAGAGAAAAUAAAGCAUUAAAACAAAAAGUUGAUAUACUGGAAAAGGAAAAUAGGGCAUUAAAAAAAUCUAUUUAUGAUUUGACGGUGAAAUAUACAGCGGCAGCCGCAGCGCAUCAACAAAGGAUUAGCCCAUUUAUGAUUGAUUUUGAAGAACCUCAAGAAGGUGGUGGGAAAGAAAUUAACUUGGGAGAUUCAACUGGUAAUAAUACCCGGGAAAAUAUUCGAGAAAGAAGGACGUUUUAUCAAAAAUCAGAAUUUAAGGGCCAUGGUGGUGGUGUAUCUACAAUACAAUUUUCUCCAUGCGGAAAGAUGCUUGCUUCUGGUUCUCUUGACAAAACAGUACGAAUAUGGGACACUAUAUCUCUACAAAAGGAGCAAGCUUGCCUAAAGGGACACACGCUCAACGUUUCAGACGUGUGUUGGUCAAAUGAUUCUAGCGCAGUAUUGUCAGGGGCGUAUGAUCAAACAUGUAAAAUUUGGGAUAUUGAGACAAGUAAAAAUACUCAUACGCAUGAAAGUGAAGGAUUUGUUCAAUGUGUAAUGUUUAACCCACAAGACAACAAUAUCUUUGUAAGUGGGUCUUCUCGCAAAGUUUUGGCAAUAAUAGAUAUUCGGAAACCCGAAAAUGCAUUAAGCUUCAAGGAUGAUGGGAUGAUAAAUUCUCUUUAUAUUUUUCGUAAUGGACAAACUAUUAUCACAGGUGACUCGUUGGGAUACGUAAAAACCUGGGAUAUUAGAGCUGGCUCUGUCAUUCAAUCAUUUUUAAAUGAACCAACAAAAAAGCCCGUUUCUCAUAUUGCUGUAUCGAGAAAAAGCCUUGACGGUGAAGAGCCGCGAUAUAUGGCAGUUAAUAGUUAUGACAAUCAGCCACCUAACAUUAAACCGCAAUUGAUACAUAUCUUAAAAGGCUACAAGAAUAAGGGAUGGCCGAUUAAGAGUUCAUUUUUCCUGGGAAAAGAUUAUCAACAUUAUACCGCACAAAGAACACAAACAAAAGAUAUUUACGAUGUACCCGAACAAAUUGAUUCUGUUGAUAAUGUUUUUUACGAGAAGGAUAAAUUAUUGGAAGCAAGUUUAUUGUUAGCUACGGGUAGUGCGGAUCCAUACGCGUAUUUAUUUAACAUUGGUGGUCUGGAGGGAACUGGAGAAUUAUUACAACGUUUAGAGGGUCAUACUGAUUUCGUUUAUGCUGUAGAUUUUCAUCCUUUUGAACCGAUAUUGGCGAGCUGUUCUGCGGAUUUCACCAUAAAAAUAUGGGUACCCAAUGCUAGAGGUAAAAAGAAAAUGUAA